AUGGAAUAUAGAUACUGGGCAAUAUUAUUAAUCAUUAUUCCUAUAUUGACAGUGUUUGGUAAUAUAUUAGUUGUUAUGAGUGUAUAUAGAGAGAGAAGUUUAAGAACAGUCACUAAUUAUUUUAUAUGUUCAUUGGCUGUAGCUGAUAUCUUUGUAGCUGUGUUAGUGAUGCCAUUUGCUGUAUAUAUGGAGGUAACUACAGCUUGGUUAUUAAGUGAUCCUCUUUGUGAUGCUUGGGUUGCUUCAGAUGUUAUGGCAUGUACAUCUUCCAUUUUAAAUCUAACUGCUAUUAGUGUAGAUAGAUUUAUAGCCGUAACACAACCUAUUAAAUAUUCAAAGCACAAGAACUCAAAACGUGUGUUUGUUAUGUUAGCAUUAACUUGGGUUAUAUCAGUGGCCAUAGCGGCACCAAUCGCUUUGGGCGUAAAUUAUAGUGACAAACGAACACCGGGUGCUUGUAAUUUCUUCAAUGCAGACUUUCUUAUUUAUUCUUCUAUGGGUUCGUUUUAUAUUCCAUCCUUGAUCAUGAUAUAUCUAUAUUAUAGAAUUUGGCGAGUUCUACACGCCAGGUCACAAAGAGCUUUAGCACAGAAGAAAAAGUUAAAGACAGACCAAAAAGCAAUAAAAAGCGUUAUAGAAAAUACUGCGGCUACAGCGGCACCACCGACUGAGCCGACAGUAACAACCGGGUUAGCACGAAUAGACAAUGGCAAACCGGCCUCAUAUAAUACAAACACAGCUCAUAAACUUGCCGCGCCUGUCGUUGACGAUACUUCAGUGACAAAUGCUGGAACAGGCUCCGAUUCUCAAGACGAAAAUAGAAAUAAGGAAACCCAUAAAAAAGGUGUAACGAAAUUUAAUUUUCAUAUGAGAACAAGUAGGAAACGUAAAGAACGUUCGUCAUCUAAAAGAGAAAGAAAGGCAACCAAGACAUUAGCUAUAGUUUUAGGUGUAUUUUUAUUGUGUUGGUGGCCAUUUUUUACUAUAAACAUCAUCAACGCUAUCUGUAUCCGGUAUGAUUUAUUCGAAUACGCUGCUUGUAAUUCACCAGUAGUUCUAAUAGGGAUAUUUGUAUGGUUGGGUUACAUCAACAGUUUUCUAAACCCUGUUAUCUAUACAAUCUUUAACCCCGAAUUUAGGAAAGCAUUUAAAAAGAUUUUAACCGAACGUUGCAAAUAACCCUUUGUGUACUGUUAGUAAUUUGACUUUUAGUUAUAUUUUUAUUAUUACUUUAUAAAUAAGUUAUAUAAGUUAUUUGUACGAUGGUGAUGAAUUAUUAACUACUUCCACUCUUACUGUUGAUUAUUGUGAUGCAGUUUUAAAAACAUUUCCUGGUGCAAUGGCCAAUAAUGCUUAGUUGGACAAAAUUUAUGUGAUAUGUGAACGACUUACUUAUUGUUAUGAAUAUUCAGUUUGUUAUAGGAAUGAAUUGGGUUUAACAACUAACUUCUUUCUGUGGAUAUUAAGAUUGUUAUUCCAAUUAAAUUUAUUAUCGUUAUAAAUAUUUGGUUAUUCUAUCGCUGAAAUGGGUUGAGCAACUCACUUCUUUCUAUGGAUAUUCAGACUGUUAUUUCACUGCAAUGACUGAUUGUUAUGAAUAUUUGGUUAUUCUAUCGCUACAGUGGGUUGAACACCUCACUUCUUUCUAUGAAUAUUCAGACUGUUAUUUCACUGAAAUGACUAAUUGUUCUGAUUAUUCAGUUUCUUAUACGACUGAAACUGAAUUUAGAGACUUUUUACGAACUGGUACUAUUAGUGGUGGAUCUAUGUAAUAUGACAACUGCACCACAGUGGAAGUAUUUUAUUGCAAAAUAAAACAACCGAAAUGUUUUAAAGUGACUACAAUGAUCGUAUUGUAUAAAUUUGUUAUUAUGCUAGUGUGCUUAAAUCUUUACUGGAAUUGCAAAAUGAACUAUUAAAAAUAUUAUUUU